AUGGCUACGCGCACGUUCUCGACGUCCAAGAGCUACGGCAAACCCAGGACCCGCGUCCGCGGCCUGACCAUCCUCGGCGCGAUCGUGACGUUCGUCCUGUUCACGGCGCUCAGCUUGACGACGGGCUGGCCCAUGGGCCCCAGGACUAAGCGCCGCAUGGGCGAGGCGAUGCACAACGCCUACCAGUGGGAGGAGGCGCACUUUCACAUCGGAUCCUCGCUGCAGCGGCCCCACGCGUUGUCCAAGCGACCCCUUCGACCCGACGAGCGCGACCAGUUCUCCAAGCGCGGCGAGGGGUUGGUGCUCCUUCCCGGCGACGACGACCCGCGGAGCGACGGCGAGGACCACUGGAUGACCUCCGUGCUCGACGCCGUGGACGAAGCCGGGCUCAAGGGCCCGUCGCGAUGCCUCGACCUCCACGUUGGCACAAUCCGGCCCGGGGGCGCGCGAGGGAACCACCGACACAAGACGCGCGACGAGUCGCUCAUCGUAUGGGGCGCGUCGGGUCGGAUCCGGGUCGAGCGGCCCGGCAUGGGGUACCACGAUUACGUGAUCGACAGGGACGACGUGGUGGUGUUGGCGGCGCCCGCGGGAUCCGCGCACGCCAUCCGAGCCGACGACGGCGAGGGGAACGUGAUGAUGCUCGCCGCGUGCUCGGACGCGCCGCCGACGGACGGACCGGACCCGAACACCGACUACCGGGUGUGGAAGGACUGGUGA